AUGAGGUACGGCGGAUCGGCGGCCAGAGGGGGACUUGUCAUUGACGUGGCCGAUGUGCAUCCUCUCGAAUUUCCUAAGGCAGCUCAAAGUCCGAGGGCCGAGGGAUAUUUGCUCGUUUUUGCCGGUAUGAUGCGUGAAGCUCAAGUGUUGUGUUUUUAUUGGACGAACCAGCUCGGUGCAUGCCGAGCAUCAACACCAGUCACAAAACCUUACAAGCUACUGCAUCAUGCCAUACAAAAGGUUACGAUCCUAUAG